CCACCAGGCUGAGCCAAUGGGGGCUCAGAGAAGGCGUUUCCAUUCUCCCGUUCUGUGGGCGGAGCUGUAGUCCUCCAGGCGGGAUUUUGUCUUCUCUCCGUUUUGUCUCAGGCGGUCAGGAGUUCCUGGUCUCAGAGUCCCCUGGAGAAGGCUGGAGAGCGGCCCUUUCCGCCUCACAGCCCAUGGUCGGAGCCUCCAAUGGUGCUCACAGCUCGCACAUGGGAUUGAAAGUCAGAGUCGCCACCCCACACGCGUCUAGGCCGGGACAGGGACCGCCAUUCCCGCAGCGGCUUCUACUCCCGCCGCUCCCGCCCUGCUGUGCCCACAGAGUGCAAUGGCGGCGCCCGUGUGGAGGCGCGGGGCUGCGGUGAGUUCCUGUCGCCCGGGUCCUCACCGCCUCCUUAUACCGAACAGCACAGCCUGGGGAGGGCGCCUGUCCCGUCCUGCAGCUCAGCCCCGCGUGGAGGACCGUGAGGAAGGUGGAGGGGAGAGAAGAGUGUUGUGGCUUCUGAGGACACAGCAAGUGCAGGGCAGAGAGGACAGGGGUGACUUGCAUCUGAAGGUCCCUGAGGAUGUGGGCUGUGAGUAUUGACGGAAAGAGCAGAGGCUGCAGGGAGGACGGCACAGCCUCAUUCGGGGCUUUCCCGGCUGUGGGUCCAGCAGGGGCCAGGGGUGGUCCUGGAUCCGGCUGGACUCCAAGCUCUCUACACGCCAUAUGCCAAGUUCAUGGAUUGGCAUGACCUUUGAGGACAUUGCCCUGUACUUCUCCAGGGAGGAAUGGAGCCUCCUUGAUGAGGGUCAGAGACAGCUGUACCUGAAUGUGAUGCUGGAGAACUUUGAACUUAUAUCCUCCUUAGGUUGCUGCUGUGGAGAAGAGAAUGUGGAGGCAGCAACUGAGAAGAACAUUUCUGUAAGAGUGUCACAGGCAAGGAAUCCCAAGUUAGCCUUGUCUUCCCAGAAGAGCCACCCCUGUGAGAGUUGUGGGCUAGUCUUGGGAAACAUUUUCCAUGUGAUGGAGGGGCCGGGAACACAACACGGACAGAUACUGUUGAGGUGUGGAGCGUGUGCAAAACGGUUUUACUGCAGUGUAAAAUUUCACCAGCAGCAUGUGAAAGAGAAGACUUUCAUUAGAGGUGUGGACAGGAUCUCACUUGCAAACAGCUGCAAUUUCAAUGUGUCCCAGAAUCAUUUCACAUGCGGGGAGUUCGGGCAGGGUGUCCUUACCGAAUCAAGACAUCUCCACUUAAAGGCUCCUCAGACCAGGGACAGUCCAAAUGCUAUUUCAAUGCCAGGGAUGACGUUUCAAAGGAGAAAAAAUUAUUUCAGCAGAAAAGAAUGUAAGAAAGACAUUAAUUGCACCUACACCUUUAUUCAGGAAAAGGGUGUACAUGCUGGAAGUCAGUGUUUUGUGUGCUCUGAAUGUGGGAAAGCUUUUACCAGUAGAAAUGGCCUCCAUUAUCACCUGAGUGUUCACAGUGGAGAAAGGCCUUAUGAAUGCAAUGAAUGUGGGAAAUCUUUUCCCAGAAGCACUGACCUUCGUCGUCAUCAGAGAGUUCACACUGGAGAAAGGCCUUAUAAAUGCAGUGAGUGUGGGAAAUCUUUUACCACUAGCAGUGACCUUCAUUGUCAUCAGAGAAUUCACACUGGAGAAAAGCCUUAUACGUGCAGUGAAUGUGGAAAAUCUUUUAGCAGUAGCACUGCCCUUCAUUGUCAUCAGAGAAUUCACACUGGAGAAAAGCCUUAUAAAUGCAGUGAAUGUGAGAAACAUUUUACCUGGAGCAUUACCCUGCGUCGUCAUCAGAGAGUUCAUACAGGAGAAAAGCCUUGUAAAUGAAGUGAAUGUGAGAAAUCUUUUUCAAGGAGCAAUGGUCUCCAAUAUCAUCAGAAAGUUCACAUUGGAGAAAGCCAUUAUGAGUGUAAUUAUUGUUAGUUCUCUCGCAGCCAAAUUUCUAAAUUUGCUCUGCACAAGAGAGCCCAAAUGUGAGAAAUUUCUUAAAUGUAUAGGAAAUGUAGUUUCUUAGUUAGGACUUAACAAUUGUAAAAGAAUAUUUGUGAAGUCUCAUUUGUCCGAAUUAUAUCUCAUACAUAUAAUCACCUACAUUAUGUAACAUCCCCCCAACUGUUUUUGUUGUUGUGUUUGUUAGUAUUUGUGUUGGUAUCAUAUGUAUCUAUGUUGCACUUUCUAACAUGCAGAGAGGUGUUGCCAGGUCUAUGUCACUGCAUAUUUCUGUUGCUGAAGGUAUUUCACCUGAACCACCUAUAAGGUCCCUACAGAUGGCAUCAAUCACCAUCCUCAUGUGCCCAGGGAAGCUAACUCUCUUGUCUUUUUUGUUGAAGAAAAUGAGGAAUACCUGAGCCCUUAGUUCUUGUUUCCUGUUAUGAGUUGCCACAUAGGAUUCAUUACUGUUGGCCCCAGGAAACAUAAUGUUGCAGAGGGACUGCCAUUUUCAGGGACAUGCUUUCCCUGAAUGCCAGUGAUUAAUUUAUUGAGUGCCUAAGUCAUCAAUGGAAGAACUGCCAGUCUCAUGUCUCUUUGAUUUUUGAAAUAAUGAAGGCUUUUCCGUAAGAUUGCUUUAAUGUUGGGUGUUCUAUUGACUCUACGGGUUAUUUUAUAAGGAGAUCUGGGGUCUCCAAGCAUGAUGAGGUGAAAAACUUAUAUGAGGUCUCAAACAUUUUUGCCCUUUGGGGAAGACUAUGAUGCAGAAAUUAACUCAGUAGUUUUUUCUAAAUUUACAUUCUUGCCCAUAUUUUCCUAGGAAACACUGUGGAGUCUAGUCCUCAUUUGAAGAUGGAUGCUUUGAGACUCAGAGAUCACUCCAAAGAGUGGGUAGCUGUGACAAUCUCAAGUAUGUUUGGGAGCAGUGUGAAUUUUUUUCUUUUGUUCAAGGGAUACUAAGACAAUAGAAGGGAACCUCCUGCCCUGGUCUUGCAAGAGGGCCAUGUGCCCUGAUGCCUUCAAUUCCAUGGGUGAUGGUCACUGGUUGGAGGACCAUCGCAGUGAGAGGAAACCCUUUCACUGCAGAAACACUGACCUAGUUGUUGUUGGACGAGACUGCAGCCCAUCAAGUGGAAUGGUCCUCAUCUAACUGUGCAUCCAGGAAUGUUUCUGAGACUAUAGGAGUGGUAUGUACACAGAUCUGAGGGACUCCAGGCAUGUUUAUCUUCUGUAGAGCAAUCAAUGUCAUUGAAUAUAAUCGAAGUUUUGUGGCUUCCUGUCACCUCCUAUAUGUUCCCAUCAGAGCCAUUGGUGUGCUGGCAGCAAACCAAGACAAAGACAAAGGGUGUCUUUAGUCCAGGGAUGUCGCUUUUGUGAAGUAUAGUGUUUCAUAAAUCUUAACAUGUGCGUGAAACUGAAACCAUCAUUUAUACACAUAAUCCUGACCAUAUCUGUCACUGUGAACUUGCUUCAUGACCUCUUUUAAUCUCUCCCUGUUCUUUACAGCUUUCCUAGUAACCAUGGAUUUACAUUCCUUUUUAAUAGAUUACAUUUCCUAAAUAUAUUUCUGCUUUAAUUUAUGUUUCAUCCACACUUGGAGAUUUAUUAAAGAUAUAUUAGUAACUCAUCUUUUUUUUUUUUUCUGAGAAACAAUCGUAUAUUUGAAUUUAUCACCAACAGUUUAUCCAUUUUUUAUAAAUAUUUAUUUAAUAAAGCUGAUACAAACAUUUCUGUAUAAAUCUUUAUAGAAUACAGAUUCCCAGUGCACGUAUUCAUGCACCAGUGGGGUGCCUCAGCCUGGCCUGUGGGAUCAGGCUGAAACCAGCUCACCGAUAUCCCCUAGGGGUCCUGGAUUGCUACAGGGUGCAUGCCAGGCCACAGGACCCCACCAGUGCAUCAUCGGAGCUGGGGAGGGACACAGAAGGUUGGCUAGCCAGCGAGGGACCUGGGGAGGGCUUCAGGGCUUGUCUGGCCUGUCUUGCUCAGUCCGGAUCGGCUGGACCAGCUGAAAGCUUACCUACCUUAGGAGUGUCUGCCCCUUGGUGGUCAGUGCACAUCAUAGUGAGCGAUUGAGCAGUCUUAGCAUAUCAUUAGCAUAUUACACUUUGGUUGAAUGGCUGACUAGACACUUAGCAUUUUCGGCUUUUAUUAUAUAGGAUAAGUGUUACUGACUUUUGUCAGAUAAUUGUAUAAUCUGAGUUGUUGGGUGAAUGUUUACAUUUACAGAGAUUAGCAAAUUGUCAUCUAAACUGCAUAUACUAUCCAGGCUGGUGUGGCUCAGUGCUUGGGCAUCUUCCCAUACACCACAGGGUUAUGGAUUUGAUUGUUGGUGGGGAUAUGUGCCUGGGUUAUGGGUUAGAUCCAUGGAAGUGGGUGUGCAGGAGGUGGCUGGCCAAUAUGGCACUCUUCCAUCAAUGUUUCUCUUCCUCUCCCUUCUCUCCCUAAAAAAUUAGUAAACUCUUCUUUAAGAAUAAAAAAUAAGCAUUAACCGAUUGUAUGUUUUUGCAUUUCUACAACAGUCUGUGAGGGAUACACAUUCACAUUCUAGAGAACCUUUUGUUUGGUCAAUCAUUCUUUAGGUAAACAAUUUUUUUUGGUAACUUUGUCCUGCUACCUCACUGUUUGGUUGUAUUUUUUCUAGAAAUUUAUGGUGAGUCUUUUCUGAUGUAUAUUUGCUGUGUCUGUAUCUUUAU